UUCACCUGACUUCAGUGACUCAAAAGAAAAAAUCUCGAUCGGUGAAAGUACUUAUUUGAAAAUGCCACAGGCAUCAGGGAUUGGUCCACGAGGAGACGCAUCUCGUGUUACCCAGAAGAAAGGGACUGGAGUCCCAACAUCCGGCAGAAAUAUUUCGAAAUUCAAUCGGAUCCAAGUGGUCACCAAGUAUAAUCGAGUCCCACUUCAUCGUCCGCCCGUUAAACACUCUUUCCGAACAACCAGGAUAUCGACCACAGGUGUUGCAACAUGUCCAUCAACAUUUCGUCCACCGAUCGCGUCAUCGUGCAGAAAAAGUCUAUCAAUGAUCGAUUUAUCUCCAGCGAAAAUUGAUGUCAAUUUCCACAUCAGGCCAGAAGCUGGUGGACAAUCAGGAAUGGGUCAGGUUGGUGAGAGGAGUUCAGACGCCCAAAGGGUCGAUGGAAAAACGGACAACGAAGAUGAUGGAAUCAUCAAAAGUGCUGGUAGUCUAGUUUGUCAUGCAUUAGCACUUAAUGCCUGGAGAAGAAGAAGAGAGGAAGUGGCCGAACUCAGUGGAACUAUUGAAAAACUCAGUCAACAGGUCGACCAUCUCCAACUGCAGAUUGUCGUGCUCAGGAGACUCCUGGAGACCGAGAAUAAUCGAGUUGCCAAACUCAGUACUGAGGUUCAUGGUGCCAGGGCACAGCUCGAGGAUGAGGUCAAGCAAAAAGGAGAGAUCAUUGCUGAAAAAGAGAUGGCGGAGACUGAAGUCAAGAAAUUCCAGCAAAUCUCUGAUAGCAGGGAAGUGUUGGCUGAGAAUUUGAGGAAUGAAUUGCUCUCUGUGAAGGAUCAGCUAUCAAUUUUGGCGACUCAGAUGUCCAAAGAGCGCGAGAAAAUUCUAAAACUUCGUGAGGAUAAAAAAAUUCUACUCGAGAAGGUCUCAGGGAGUGAGGCUCUAGCAAUCGAACACGAAGAGAGAGUUGAAAAAAUUCGAGAAGAUUUGCAGGAAAGGCUUGGAGUUCAAGUCGGCAUAAUCGAUACUCUCCAGGGAGACAAACAGAAGCUCACGAGGGCUCUGAAAGUGGCUGAGAUGGAAAAAAUUAGAUUAGAGAAGAGACUGUCAUCGAGUGAGAAAUCUGGAAAAGCUCUGGGCUUGCGCGUUAAUGAUCUUGAGAUGCAAUUGGGGGACAGAGAAGCUGCACUUCGGAGAAUUGAAACAGCAUACAAUGCGCAAUUAAUUGAGCUUAAUGAUCUCCGAGAGAGACUGCUCCGUCAGAGCCACGAGAGUGGAUGGAGCACCAGAGUUCUGCAAAUCGCUGGAAGCGUCGUCAGAGCACCUCGGGCGAUCCUUAGAAGUCUCUCCUUCCUCUCCGCCACACCGUAAUUCUCUCGUCCAUGAAUAACAAUGAGAGCACAAAAAACUCAGGGAAAAUAUGCGGCGAGUUACAGAAUAUGGAGGCAAUCAAUUAUCCUGGGGUAAUAUAAAAUGUCUGGAAGGAAUUCAUCAAUCUUUUGGACUCAACCUGGAAUUAACAAGAGGAUCCAUCAAAUGGAGUUCAUUUUUCUUAAGACUUUUUUUUUUGUGUAAUAUUAUCUGAAAACGUAGGUCGUGAAUGAAUAAAAAACAGGAUGUGAAGGGAAUUUUUUGUAGAGUAAUAAAUCGAAGAUAUUUGCUGCUUUUGCUCUAUAUUUUUUCAUUCAACAUUUUUCAUCUGUAACUCAGUGAUUUGGAAAAACGACCUAGCGUCUACUUGAUAGUUGAUUGUUCGAAUAUGUUUCUUACGAAUUCGAUUCUAAAUAUUUCAGUAGUAAAAUGACGAGCUGAGACAAGUCCAAAAAAAAAUUUACAAUAAAGAAUUUUUUUUAAACGAUGGGAAAUUAAUAAAAGUGUCACUAGAUUGUUUCCCACAAAAAUAAAUGGCUUUAAAAAAAUGUAUCGACACAUUUGUAAAAAUUUUUGGACUUGUCAAAAUCACCUUCAGCACUGCCCUACAAAGUUCAAUAUCUAAAAAACAAUUUAUCUCACUAAAGUCGCCUAUUUACCUCCAUUUUCACAGUUUAGUGCCACAAUCGUAAUUACAGUAUAUUCCAAUAAGAAUUUCGGAAUGAAUUAAGUACGGGUUAAAUAACUUUACGUUUCUCACAGUCUCUCAAUCUGCAGGAAAUGUCAUUUACAAUUAAUCAAUCAAACCUACAUGAGUCAACAAAGACUGUGUGUCUGCAUUUUACAUUUUUCUUAUUCACGAUUAUGAUCGAGAUGUCAGCGUUUUCCACUUACAUAUUAGUAAAAAUUCACGACUAUUCCUAAGCAUCAGUUCAUUAAUACAUUAUUGAGUACUUUCGAAAUAAUUUUACAUACGCACUAAUUAACAAAGACUUUACAAGUUACCUAAUGUUCAAUUUGUAAUCUAUAAAAUAACCAUUUUUCAAUUUUAAUAUCAUAGAUUCAGAUAUAUCCUCUCCUAAUUACUCAUCUUGUAUCUCAAUGGAAUAAUAAUCACUAGCCAAGAAUGAGAAAGUACUGAACAACCAUUUUAACCCAUUGGAUAAUUACGACGAGUUUUAACUUAAUGUUGCAGUCACAAAAGCAAUAUAAAUCUAAAAUUAUUCCUCAUCUAAAAAUAUUCGAAUUACAAUUCCAGAUAAGAUGGAGUCGAAAAAUAAAUU